AAGAAAAAAGAAAAAAGGGAGCAGCUACAAUGACGGGGAGUCUUCUUGAUUAGUUCAUUCAUUAAUUAAUUAGCAUUUAAGAAGAGGUGUUAUAUAUGUAUUUAUUUGCUGAGAAAACGGGUCUCCCUCCGCUCCUCUCGACAAUCGGUUAUACCUCCAAAAGUUACUCGUGGUCACAAACAAACGGACUUUUGCCGGUUUAGUUUUGCUUUCUUGGCUGACGCUUGUUUAAUGCCUUGCCUUGCCACCAUAACCAUAGCUAAUUAGCUAGGCAGGCCCAUAGCUAAGAAACUCUAAUUCUGCUGUAUUGCAUGCUGCAAAUAUGGGUCUUUUGUCUCACGCACCCUCUGCGUCGAUCUUCUUGUUGCUCAUUUUUUGCCUCUCCUGUAUCCACUACGUUGCUUCGGCCAAGGAGACUUCCAGUGAGUUGCUGAAUGCGAGUGAUCUGUCGGAGGCGGAACUGAAUGUCAAAAGAUCUAACUUCCCGAGGGAUUUCUUGUUUGGGGCAGCUACUUCAGCUGUGCAGACUGAAGGAUCAGCCAGUAAAUACGGGAAAGGGCCGAGCGUUUGGGACCACUAUGUCCAAAAGUUUCCAGGGAAGGUAACAGACCGAAGUUCCCCAGAAACUGCAAUUGAUUCAUACGCUCGGUACAAGGACGAUGUCAAGCUGCUUAAGGAGCUAGGAGUAGAUGCUUACAGAUUCUCCAUUCCAUGGACUCGGAUUCUGCCCAAUGGAUCAUUGAGCGGAGGAGUGAACCAACAAGCCAUCGAUCACUAUAAUGAUCUCAUCAAUGAAGUGAUGAGCAAUGGCAUAACACCUUUCGUGACAUUGUUGCACUUCGACUCCCCACAGAUCCUACAAGACAAAUAUGGAGGAUUCUUGAGCCAUGAAAUCGUGGAUGAUUUCAGGGACUAUGCUGAGAUCUGCUUCAGAACAUAUGGGGACAGGGUCAAGCAUUGGAUCACUAUUAACGAGCCACUAAUUAUUGCUCAGUUCGGGUACGAUUUAGGACUUGCAGCGCCAGGAAGGUGUUCGGUACCACCUAAUGCAUGCCCUGCAGGAAACUCAUCAACCGAGCCUUACAUCGUCACCCACAAUGCCCUACUGGCUCAUGCAGCUGCUGCUGGGCUCUACAAAGACAAGUUCCAAGCCGAACAGAGGGGAGAAAUCGGAAUCUCUCUUGUGGGUGAAUUUUUUGAGCCUUACUCGGAAUCAUCAAAUGAUAAGAAAGCUGCACGCAGGGCCAUGGACUUCCACGUGGGAUGGUUUCUGAAUCCUCUUGUCUACGGAGAGUACCCACGUAGAAUGAGAAACCUGGUGAAGGGGAGGUUGCCCACCUUUAGUGAAGGAGAUAAAGCACUAGUCCAAGGUUCAUUAGAUUUCAUCGGCUUCAAUUACUACACAUCGAGAUAUGCUAAAGCCAUCGAGAUAGAUCCAAACGUGCCACCAACAAGCUUCAGUCGUGACUCUUUCACGGAUCUACAAUUUGCUAGAGAUGGAGUUCCCAUCGGCAAAAAGGCUUCGGGUAGCGAUUUCAUCUACAUAUACCCCAAGGGGCUUGGGAAACUUUUAACAUACACGAAGAGAAAAUACAAGAGCCCUAAGAUCUACAUUACCGAGAAUGGAAUUUCCGAGGCAAAGAAUGACAGUCAACCAAUUCAUGAAGCUUUACAAGAUCCACACCGAAUUCAAUUCAUCCUUCAGCAUCUAUAUCAGAUCAACAGAGCGAUAAAGAAAGGAGUGGAUGUGAAGGGAUACUUUUACUGGUCUCAGUCCGACAGUUUUGAGUUUGGAAAGGGGCGCCAAGAUAGAUACGGACUUUACUACAUUGAUUACCAGAACAAUCUAACUCGUAUCCCCAAGCAUUCUGCAAAGUGGCUUCCUAGUUUCCUCCGGAACAAGGGAAGAACUCAAUCCCUCUGAACAUAGAAUAUGUAAACCCUACGAUCAAUUACAAGCAUGUAGUUGAUCUUAUGCAGCCUGUCGAACAGUUACAAGCAAUACUUUGCGUCUUAGCGAUAGCAUGAUGAUGCUCAUACAAUCGCAUCAAAUGAAUACAAUUGCUCGGGAUUCAAUGCUGUACAUAACUUAAGAAGCUGCAUUGGAAAUAUUCAUCCAGGGAUACAAGAUUUUUCUCUGUU